GGAGUACGGGGCGUGGCCAGGACGGGCAAGGAGCCUCUGCGCCUCCACGCACCGCGGCGAGGGGCAGCCAAGUUGACAAAAAGUUUGCGGCCCGAGGCCUCGAAGCCGGGGAGUCGGCGUGUGUGGCUCAGACGCGGGGCCGAGCCCGGGACGAGCUGCGUCCCGCCCUAAGCCACUGCAGGGAACCGAGGUGGCGCCUCCCCGGCAAACCGGACAGACUGGGUAGGGCUGGCCGGCCGGCCGCCGUGCCCCUUCUCGUCUCGUGGCUCCUGGGCCGCCCGGAAAACUGGGCCACGCACCGAGAGGCCUCCGCGCCCACUCGGCACUCGGCUGAAGGAGGCGGCCGCUGGCGGCCGGGCUUGGGCUCAGUCAUCGCGCGAUCCCGGCUACCGGAUGGCUUGGGGCUCGGAUCUCUCGCUCCAAACUUCAUGCCCCGCAGUGUCCGCUCCAGUUCUGGGAUUUUUACGCAACCGGACCCCCCCGGGCAGCCCCUGGGAGGGGGUGAGGGGCUGGUCCGACCGAGAAAGUGCCACGGGGCUCUGACUCAUCCGUCUGGCCGGAACCCAGGCCCCAGGAAGAGACCCUUCGCUACUCCAGCUCAGUUCCAGGACGGGGGCGCCCUUGGUGUCGUCACCCGGCCUUGCUUUCUGGACCUCGCCGAAAACUAAGUCCCCACGCUCGAGCGUCCGGCGAUGUCGGAGCACGCUGCUUCCCGCGCGCGCGCGCGGUCCGAGUGUCUGGCUGGGCGCACUUCACCUCGGGGAGCCGCUCCGGACUGCGCCAGCGUUGUCUCCUCUCCCUCAGAUUCGGCAGCCGGAGGGAAUGAUGCAGGUGCCCCCACGGCCCGGGUUCCGGGCGGGGAAGGCGAGCCCCACAGCCCGUACCCCGACGCCCGCCUGGGCUGCACCGAUAAGAAGCUGAAGGCAGGAGUCACCGCCGAGGGCAGCGCCCCGGGAGCGCUGGGGAGCCCUAGCCAGCGGGCGCCGCGAGUCAAGGUUAUGGAUCCAGCCCGGGGCCCCCAGAAACAGCUCCCACGGCCCUGCCUCGUACUGGUGCUGCUCAACCCACGCGGCGGCAAAGGCAAGGCCCUGCAGCUCUUCCGGAGCCACGUGCAGCCCCUGCUGGCCCAGGCCGACGUCUCCUUCAGGCUUAUGCUCACUGAACGGCAGAACCACGCCCGGGAGCUGGUGCGGGCUGAGGAGCUGGGACGCUGGGACGCACUGGUGGUCAUGUCUGGAGACGGGCUGAUGCACGAGGUGGUGAACGGGCUCAUGGAGCGGCCUGACUGGGAGACCGCCAUCCGGAAGCCUCUGUGUAGCCUCCCAGCUGGCUCUGGCAACGCGCUGGCAGCCUCUUUGAACCACUACGCUGGCUACGAGCAGGUGACGGAUGAGGCCCUCCUCAACAACUGCACGCUGCUGCUGUGCCGCCGGCAGCUGGCACCCGUGAGCCUGCUGUCCCUGCGGACGCGCUCGGGGCUGCGCAUCUUCUCCAUGCUCAGCCUGGCCUGGGGCUUCGUCGCCGACGUGGACAUCGAGAGCGAGAAGUUCCGGCGCCUCGGGGAGAGGCGCUUCACGCUGGGCACCCUCCUGCGCCUGGUCACCCUGCGCGUCUACCGGGGCAGGCUGGCCUACCUCCCCGUGGAGCAGGCGGUCUCCAAGGCACCCGCCGCCUCCCCUCCUCUGGACCGGCAGGACCGGCAGGGCCCUGUGGACGCCCACCUCGUGCCCCUGGAGGAGCCGGUGCCCGCUCACUGGACGGUGGUGCCGGAGCAGGACUUCGUGCUGGUGCUGGUGCAGCUGCACUCACACCUGGGCAGCGAGAUGUUUGUCGCGCCCAUGGGCCACCGCGUGGCCGGCGCCAUGCACCUGUUCUAUGUGCGGGCGGGCGUGUCUCGGGCCACGCUGCUGCGCCUCUUCCUGGCCAUGGAGAAGGGCAGGCACAUGGAGUGCAACUGCCCCUACCUGGUGUACGCGCCUGCGGCGGCCUUCCGCCUGGAGCCCAAGGACGGGAAGGGGGUGUUUGCCGUGGACGGGGAGAGGAUGGUCAGCGAGGCUGUGCAGGGCCAGGUGCACCCCAACUACAUCUGGAUGGUCAGUGGCCACGGGGACCCCUCGCCUGCUCCAGAGCCACAGUGGCCGCCACCCAGCCGGAAGCCUCAGCAGACACGGCCUACAGAGGUUUCCUUGUGACUCCUUGGGCCUUGCUGUGGCUUCGUCUGUCUACCCAGUGAAAUCCGAGCUCGGGGCCCUCCCUCCUCCCCGCCCCGGACGGGAGGGCUGGUCCCAGUUCUGCCCCAGCUCCCCUGGGGAAGAGGAAGCGGAGGAAGAGGAAGACUCCGGUGCAAGGCUGGGCAGAGGCUGUGCCCCAGAAGCAGCAGCCGGCCGGGCCCCACUGUGACGGGGAAGCCACGCCCCCGUGAAUCAGAUCCGAAUAAAGUGACAUUCCCAGCCUACUGGUCUUAUCCUGGGGGUUGAGGUGGGGGCAGUGGCGCCUUGGCUCCUGCCCGGCUCUAUCUAGUAUUUUGCAUUGAUGCCCAGUGGUGCCUCCUGGGUUGCCCAGUCAUUUUGGUGAUGGGCACGGGACCACAGCUGCUUUUGUAGAGGGUGGGGCCCUGCCCUGUAAGGACACGCCCUUCAGCCCAGAAGCCAAGGAGCCCAGCCACCUGCCUCACCCGACACAUGGGAGGGCAGGCUCCGAGCCAGCACGGCUUCCUUACCUGGGACUGCACCGCCGGCCCACCUCCACGGAAAGGGAGAGAGCCUCAGGUGAGAGGCGUGGGGAAAAUGCGAGGAGCGACAGAACCCGGAGUGGCAGGCCCCGGCCCCUCCCGGGCACGGUCUGGCAUCGCUGCACGGAGGGCCCCAGCCCUGCCCUGGCCGCCCCCGGCCGUCUCUGCCUCAUCCUGCCCCACCCUGGUGGGCGGCUGUUGGGCACCGGUUAAAACACAGCAGCGGGGAGGGGCGGAUGCCAGGCUCCCACACCCGGCCGACACUCUGGCUCGCAGCCCGGGCCAGGUGCUCCGGGUCACCUCCCCCACAUCGGGCAGGUGGCCAAUGCGGCUAAAAACGGGCUCUUGAAGAACCGACAGACCUGCCCAGAGACAGGGACACUGACCCACCGAGCCCCGAGGCCCUGACCUCCGGGCCCCUGUGAACCCCACGGCGGGAAAGGUGGGUGGCAGGGAAGCGCGGUGGGCACCACCACGGGCCUCCCCCUCACCCGCAGGAGGGUGUGGGAGGUGCCUGGAGAAGAAAGGCCACGGAGCCCAGGUGAAUGGCAGAGGCAGGUUUAAUGGUGCCACCUUGUCUGUUUUGUACAUUGUAAUGAGCCAAACAAAAAAAAAAUGCAAGUAAAAAAAAAAAGGUUUAAUCACACA